CCAGGCGGCGUUCCCCGCGGAACUUGGUGUAACAAUUUCCAGCGCCCCGAUGGCUCCGGAGCGCGGGGCUCGCCCGCUGCCCUGCGGCACGGAGGGGCUGCCCAGAGCCUUCCUGCAGAGCCUGCGGACCCUCUUCGACAUCCUGGAUGACCGGCGGCGGGGCUACGUGCACCUGCGGGAGAUCGAGUCCCGCUGGCAGGGGGCCGAGGCCCGGGAGCUCCCCCCCGGCGUGCUGGAGGGGCUGCGGCAGGCGGCCCCGGCCAGCGGCUACCUCACCUUCGAGAGGUUCGUGCUGGGGCUCCGGGCCUCGCUGCUGAGCCCGGCGAACGGGGGUAAAGCGGCCCGGCCGGCCCCGGGAGGAUGCGACCCCGCCGCCCCCAAGGGCGGGCCGGGCCGAGGGCAAGGGGAGCCCAGGCCGCUGGCGGAGAAGGGCAGGUGCUCGAGCGGGCUCGCCGGCAGCGCGUCCCGGAGCAUGGAGAAGAUCCCCAGCCCGCCGGGAGCCCCCGCGCACCGGGCCGAGGGGGAGAGCCGGGGCAGGAGCAGAGGUGCCGAUGGGAAGCCCACAGGACAGUCCCAUUGCGAGGGCAGUUGCACGGGGUUGGCGGACGCUCGGCGGCAGGAGAGAGGUCGCGGUGAGCACCGGAGACACACCAUCACCAACGGGGUGGACUAUGGCAUGCUGAAGCAAAUGAAGGAGCUGGAGCAGGAGAAGGACUUCCUGCUCCAGGGGCUGGAGAUGGUGGAGCGUGCCCGGGAAUGGUACCACCAGCAGAUCCAGACAGUGCAGGAGCGCCAGAAACACCUGGGGAAAAACAAAACCACAAACGACUUCUUCCCGGAGGGAAGCCAAAGCCACCUGGGUCGCCUUCUACCCAAGCUGCAGGAAGUGAACCGCUGCCUCGGAGAGCUCCUGUCCACCUCGGGGAAGCCUCUGAACUCCUCCUCGUCGGCGCUGACCAGACCGGUCCCUGCUGCCCCCGUGCCGCCGCCUGCCCUGGCAGGGUCCCAGCAAGCCAUCAGUAUGCUGAAGGAGCAAAACCGGCUUCUCACCAAGGAGGUGACUGAGAAGAGCGAGCGGAUCACCCAGCUGGAGCAGGAGAAAUCCGCCCUGAUCAAGCAGCUAUUUGAGGCACGGGCCCGAAAUAACCAUGAAACAAGCCAGCUGGACUCCACCUUCAUCUAGCCCCCCUAGCUGACCUCCCCCCCCCCAGGCCGGGGCUCUGGGGAGGGGCUGGGCAGGGACACCACUGCAAAAGCAGCCCCAGCCUAGACACCAGGUCUGAGCCUCCAUGGGGCCUAGGCUUAUUGUGGGUUUCUAUGGGGCUGUGACGCCUGCCCAGGUCGCGUUGGUUCCCUUGCUCCUUGGAGAUGCUGCGCCUCAUUUGUGAUAGGUCCAGAGGUGCUAGCAAAGCCCCUGAACUGAUCCCUGUCUGAUACCAGAGCCUGUCCCAGGCCUCCCUGGCAGAGCUCUGGCAUCUCCCCACACCUGUGCUCUAUGUUGUGACUGGACGGCGUCUCCCUCUCAGGUACGCUGCUGCCCUUCUGCCUUGGAAACCGAGCGGGGCACCACACGAGUCUUCCCGAUUCAUUUCACUCGGGGCGGGGGGAGCACCGUACUCCCAAGGUUUUCUCCUCCCUCCAAGUGCUGUUGCUGCAGCUGUAUGGUAUUCAGCCCCUUGCGUGACACGGCUGAAUGCCGGCUGCUUUCCGAAGAGGACUGUGUAUUGCUGUUUAACACUCCUGUUGGCAUCUAAGGGGUACAGUGACCCCUCAGAGGCUAGGCCCUCACGUGCCUAACCCCUCACUCCAGCACCGGGCUAGCUUGGAUGUCUGUGAUGGUACUGUCCCAAGCUUCAACCACUCAUGACACCAAGACCCUAUUUGCAGGAGCUGGUGCAGAUCCUCAUAGCACGAUAGCCCCUCUCUCGUGUUUGGAGGAGCGAUGAAGUAGUCAAUGUUUACACUUCAACUGACAUAAUUAAGUUUUGGGGUUAACACCCCAGUCAGAUGAAUGGGACAGUUCCCAGCUCUGAGCUACUGUUCCAGGCUGCCUCUAGGCUCAGGCACACAUCCCUGCAUCAGUUACACCAUAGAAAAGAUUUUUCUUCUGACCCCACCAGGGGUAACAAGUUUUGGCUUGUUUGAAAUGCACAAGGGAGCAGCUUGCAGGCUCCUGGAGCCGGCCCACUCCUUCCCCCUGACCCCAAGAGGUUUCGGGACUAAGAAUCCCUACCGCACAAACUCAGCUGGAGGGCAGGAUGCAGAUGGACUGUUCCCUUCCCUCCCCACUUCUGCCUGCCUGCCUUCUGAGCGGUGAAGAAAUUGCUGCUUUGCUGGGCUGAACACUGCAAUCACCUUCCCAGGGCAUGACCUGUUUACAGAGGUGGAUGGGUUUUCUGGAAGCAUGAGACACCCUGAGCAGCACCUGUCUCUCUUCCCCCCCCAACCC